AUGAAUCAACUUGAGAGCAAUAAUUGUCCCAAAUUUAAGGUGGAAUGCUCUCUCCGAACUCUGUCAAAAAACAAUGUGGACAUCUCCAAAAAGAAACACAAUGGACCUAUCUAUUGCAUUAAAUUUAGUAAUGGAAAUGGACAAUACUGUAUGAGUGCCGGAGGAGACAAAAUAAUUAAAUUAUUUAAUCCUUUUAAAUCAUUUUUUGUACUGAAAGAAUAUAAAGGUCAUGGAUAUGAAGUAUUUGAUUUGGAUAUAUCAACGGACAACAAUUUCUUUGUGAGUGCCAGUGGAGAUAAAUCUGUAUUCUUAUGGGAUAUUUCAACAGGAGAAGUAAAGAGAAGAUUUAAAGAGCAUAAAGGAAAAGUGAAUUGUGUCAAAUAUAGCAACAAUAAUGAAGUGGUAAUUUCAGGUUCAUAUGAUAGAACAAUGAAAAUAUGGGACAUGCGAUCCUCAUCAUUCAAAUCCAUUCAGACUAUGAACGAUUUUCAAGAUAGUGUUUCUAGCAUUGCAUGCUCUGAUACAAGCAUUUUGGCAGGAUGCGUUGAUGGCACAGUUCAUAAUUAUGACAUUAGAAUGGGAAAACUAAAAGUAGAUCAUAUGGGAGCAAGUAGUAUUGGUCAUGUUUCAUUCACCAGCGAUUUUUUGUGUUAUUUAUGUAGUUCAUUAGAUUCCACAAUUUCAAUGGUAGAAGUAAGCAGUGGAAAUAUAUUAAGAGUGUUUAAGGGACACCAAAACGAAAAGUAUCAAAUCAAACAUACACUUUCGAACAAUGACAAGUAUGUGUUGAGUGGUGAUGAGAGAGGAAGGAUCUUUCGAUGGGAUUUAACCACUGAAGCAUGUGAGGAAGUUAUUGAUCCUGAUUACCUCCUUACAUCGUCCACCAAUGCAUCAAGUGGCAUUGACGAAAUUAUUUCUAUUGACUAUCAUCCAACAGGUAGGUUAUACAGACAAUUUGGUACACGUUAUAGUUGA